AUGGGCUGUAAUUAAAGCAGAAAAGAAUAUUCAUUCAGAGAAGAAGAAAUCAAAAGACUCAAAGAAUUCUUUUAGAAGACAGCUAACUCUUACGCUGAGACUAAGGACAAGAAUGAGCUUAAUGUUUAAGCUUUUAAAGACUUGUUCCCAGAAAAUUUACUACUAGGAGAAAGACUCCAUGAGUUUAUGCUAAAAAAUUCAUCAUCAGGAAAGGUUGAUGUUGAUAUAUUUAUUGAAGUUCUUGAAUUAAUAAUAAGAAAGCCCUCAAACAAAUCACUUAGUGAAACCUACCUUAAGCAUGAUGUUGUAGGACUUCUAAGUGCAAUCCUAUUCCCACAUAUGAGAAAAGCUAUGAAAAAGAAGGAAUACAUAAACAUUGUGAUUAAUUACAGCGAGGCCCUUGAUUUAGUUCUAACAAUUCUUCAUAUGUUGAAUGCCAACCCUGAUUAAAAAAUGAAUGAUGCAUUAUCUAGAUAAAUUGUUGACAGGAUCUUCCCCAACAAUGACACAAAAGUAGAAUUUUGGACAUUUGGAAUGUUAGUUAAAGAUUAAAUUAAUCUGAUUGCUUCCCUUAUCCAUGUCUAUUUCAAGAGCAAAUUUUUAGAUGGAACUGUACCUUUCUUACUUCCUCAAAUGCCCGAGGCUUCAAAACAAUAACUAGUCAAGCAAGAAUAAUUAAUCCAUCUUUAUCUUAACAAUUAAUAUUUGCUUAACUCAAAUUAAUUGAAGUUACUAUAUCAAGCUGAUGUAAAAAACUAUAAUUUUGAUUAGUUUUCCUCACAACUUACUAGCUUUGCUGGAUAAACUUUUAUAUUGCUUCAAUUUGUUGAUGCUAAAGGAGAAAAAUACACAGUUGGUGGAUUCAGCUCUCAAAAAUGGGGAUCAACAGAUUCUUUAAGUAUGGAAAAUUAUAUUUUCUAAUUAAGUCCAAGGUAUAGACACUUCUACCCAGUUAUUGAAAAUAACUAGUAUUCAUAAUACACAAAGCCUCUUCCUACAAGCUAUCUCUUUACUUAAGAGUCUUAUGGAAGAGAACCAGGACUCGUUUUUGGAUUAUCCAAGGAUGAUUGUAGAAUAUGGAUAGAUGGAAAAGAUCUUUCAAAAAGCUUUGUUAAAAAUACUGAGAAACAUUUCAAAAAAGGUUUCUUAAUUCCUCAAACUGCUGAAAAUCCAUAAUGUGUCCAAAUUGAAGUCUAUGGAGUUCAAAGUGAUCAAAGCAGGAAAAUGUUUACUUACUCAACAAUCAAUAACUUGUAGUUGAAUCAAAUUUUAGCUGGAAGCAGAGAUCUCAGAAACAGUUUAACCAUGAACUUAGAUGCCUCUAGAACAAGUUUCUAAAAGACUUCAGCUUAUUAAUCAAACACUUUUAACACUCCUGCCACACUUUAUAGAACAGAAGAUGAGACUGUAAAAAGAUCAGCACCUAAAACAACUGAGAGUAUCUACACUCCUCAAAGUGUUGCCACAACUACUACAUAUUAAACUUACACCAUUCCUCAAACAACAACUGCCACUCCAUCUUACACUGUUAAUGUGACUACUGGAACACCACAAAACUAUACCACUGCUAACUCUACCACAACCACUUAUACUACAACAUCUGGAAAGCUACCAGAAUAUAAAUCCUACUAUGCUGGAGAUGCAAACUAUAGCAAUACAACCUAUACACCAGUUGAAGGUUAAAGAUACAGCAGUUAAGUUCCUGGUUAGAUAAGCCAAUCAUAUUCAUACCAAGUUACUGGAUAAAGAAAUACUACUGUAAAUUGA